AAAACAAAAACUUGUUUGCGGCCAUCGCUUUGAUCACUUUCAAUCAGCGUCCGACUCGAUUCAAGUGUAUGAAAUUUUAAACUGUUUUCAAUCUAAAAAGAUUUGUACCGACCAUGGUUCUGCGUGAAAGAAGCGAUCUGGAAGACGACCUAUCGUCCGAUGGAGGAGAUCAGAGCCGCAACACGCCCAGCAAUGGGUUCCGGGGUCGUUCUCGCGACAUUGACCGCAGCCAACAGAACGCCGAAGAUCUGGCCAGGUAUCUGCUGGAACGGGCAACGUUGUAUUGGGACUUGUUCAUCACAGUCACGAACAACCUGAUGGAUCGUUUCCGCGUGAAGGAAAUCGCCACUGCAAUCUACGACGGACUGAGGAAGUACCCUUUGCUGGCCCUGUCGAUUGCUGCCGUAAUUUUCAUCCUAUCGUUGCCGUUCAUGAUAUUUGUAUUUUUCACACUGGCCACGGCAAUCAUGACCUUUACCGGGUUCGUGCUGAUCGAAGGAACACUGAUAACCGUGGCGUCGAUGCUGCUGAUUGGAGUGCUGAUCGGUGUGGGGUGCCUCUUGGGCACAAUCGGAUUGGUGUUUCUGGUGGGCUAUUUCGGUAUUUCCAAGGCGUACGACUGGUUGGACAGGUGGGGCGAUCAAGGAAUUAGGAGUUUUGGUACGCGACAUGCUCGGGAGGAAAGGUAAAUUAAAAUCUGUGAAAUGUCUCUUUUGUUUUAACGUGGUAAGUCAAGUUACGGGCUCUCUGCUUGGUUCAUGUGCUCAAUAUUAGAUUGAAGUAUUGUAUUCUAUGUAUGCAUAAAUGGAGAAGUAUUACCAUGUAUUAUAUUACAUAAAGUUGUCGUUGAAAAUAGAAUUGUUUUUUUAUAUAUAAUUAAAA